CUUCAGCUCAUUUAAAAUUUUAAAUCUGUUACAUUGAAAUCCACGACCAGGAUGGCAGCUGCCAGCACAACUAAAACAUCCUGGAAACUUCAGGAGAUAGUCGCACAUGCCAGCAAUGUGUCAUCAUUGGUUCUAGGGAAGACCUCCGGGCGCCUGCUGGCUACAGGCGGUGAGGACUGUCGAGUAAACAUCUGGGCUGUCAAUAAACCAAACUGCAUCAUGAGCCUGACUGGACACAAUAACCCAGUAGAGUGCAUCCAGUUCAGUAGCACAGAAGAGCAGGUUGUGGCUGGCUCGCAGUCUGGGUCAUUACGGGUUUGGGACCUAGAAGCAGCUAAAAUUCUCCGGACCUUAACGGGACACAAAGCCAACGUCUGCAGCCUGGAUUUCCAUCCCUACGGGGAGUAUGUGGCUUCUGGCUCCAUGGACACAAACAUCAAGUUAUGGGAUAUUAGAAGAAAAGGGUGUGUGUUUAGGUACAAGGGCCACACACAGGCUGUGCGGUGUCUCUGCUUUAGUCCGGAUGGGAAGUGGCUGGCCUCAGCAAGUGACGACAGCACAAUAAAGCUGUGGAACUUGACGGCUGGGAAGAUGAUUACUGAAUUCACAGCACACACAGCCGCUGUGAAUGUUGUGGCGUUUCAUCCAAACGAGUAUCUCCUGGCAUCGGGGAGCUCCGACAGGACAGUAAAACUUUGGGAUCUGGAGAAGUUUCAGAUGAUUGGCUCCUCGGAAGGGGAGACGAGUCCUGUUAGAAGCAUUGCAUUCAACCCGGAUGGGUGCUGCCUCUACAGUGGCUCCCAGGAUUUGUUGAGAGUGUAUGGCUGGGAGCCAGACCGCUGUUUUGAUGUGGUGCCAGUGACCUGGGGCAAGGUGGCCGACCUUGCCAUCUGUAACAACCAGCUGAUUGGAGUCUCAUCAAGCUUGACUAACGUCUCCUCCUAUGUGGUGGAUCUCAAUCGAGUGAAGAAAUCUGGUUCAGUUAUUCAGGGCUUUAUUCAGGAUGACAAGCCGCUUGCUGCACCACCAGUGAAGGGAACCGGCAUCCGUCGCAACUACGAGCGCCCGCUUACCACCUGCAACACACACCAGAGGGUGAAGCAGAACUUGGAGAGUGAUCGUCGGAGCCCCGAAGGCGAGAGACGCAGCCCCAGUAGUGAGGAGGACCGGGAUGACAAGGAGUCUACUGCAGAGAUCCGCAACCCAGAAGACUACAAAGAGAUCUUUCAGCCCAGCAGUGCUAUCUCUCAAACCCCCCCGAAGAGAAGUGAGCCUUUCCCUGCCCCUCCGGAAGAUGAGAUUUUCCCAGUGAAGCCCAGCGCUGCAUUGGAAAUGAUGACCCCAUUACCAGAAAGACUCAAGCCUGAGCAGUUAAAGAUGGCUCCCAUGGCCUCAUCCACUCCAGUGAAUAGGGUGGAGCCUACUAUCAUCCCACCUACCAACCGGCCGUUGCCAGGGGCUAACCCCGCCCCCAGCAAAGCUAACCCUGCCCCCAGUAAAGCAAAACCACCUGUAAUUCUUGCCUCCCGGAAUGAGCCAAUUGGAUUGAAGGCAUCCGACUUUCUCCCGCCAGCAAAGAAUAACAGUCAGCCUGCCCUGAAUGACGACGAUGCCCUGUCCCAGAUUAGGAAGGGCCACGACACCAUGUGUGUGGUCCUCACCAGCCGGCAGAAAAACCUUGACACCGUGAGAGCAGUCUGGAGCAGCGGGGACAUCAAGACCUCUCUGGAUUCAGCAGUGACCAUCAAUGAUCUGUCUAUUAUAGUGGAUAUUCUGAAUAUCCUCAACCUCAAACCAUCUUUGUGGAAGUUGGAUCUGUGCACCUCCAUCCUUCCCCAAAUUGAAAAACUGCUGCAGAGCAAGUAUGAAAGCUAUGUUCAGACGGGCUGCACCUCCUUAAAACUCAUCCUCCAGCGCUUUCUGCCUUUGAUAGCAGAUAAUCUCACAGCACUCCCUUCAGUUGGGGUUGAUAUCACACGAGAGGAAAGACACCAGAAAUGCAAAGCAUGUUACAAGCAGCUGAGGAACCUGAGAAAUGUUGUGAAGAGCAAGGCUGGUCUGGUGGGACGGCAUGGCAGUGCCUUCAGAGAGCUCCAGCUACUAAUGGCUACACUGGACUGAACACAUCUUGUUUUGGGACUGUGAGGUUUCUCCUCCUUCAUAUGGUGGCCUGUGACUCUGUUUUCAAUGGCAUGGAUUGCUCAACAUUGCUGCGUUUAAGAAACCAGUACAAGGUCUUUUAAGUGAUGACACCACCGGUUUCAUUUUCUAGUUUUAAAGGGAUGUCAGCAUUUUAUAUCCCAAGAUAACACCCUUACUUGCACUCAUCUGAGUGAUUUUGAGAAAGCUGUCCAAAGGAUCGCAACCCUAGCCCCAGAUUUUCCAGUGGAAAUUGGGAUGCACUGUACAAAAUGAAUUAUUAUAAAUGAUAUUCUCUGCUUGUGACAAAGAAGCUGCUUCAACAGGAUAAAAAUUGUUGUAAAAAGCAAAAAUAAUAAAAUAUAUUUUUGAAAAGUAUAAGACAGCCUUUAACUAUGAGAAUGGUUGUGCUCCAGAAUGAAUUUUUUACGUUUUGUAGCAUGUUACAAUGUGGUUAUAUAAUCAUGUGGGAGGAUUGCAGUAAGGUGGGCAUUGGAACUGUUAGUCCACUGACCUACUGGUUUGGAUAGUAUAUACAAUCUGCUAACUUUAAAUCAAUGUAAUUAUAUUUGGUGCAAGAGGCAGCGACAAAUGCAGUAAUAGUUUUCCUGUAAACUACUGCCAUUUAUCCAAACAAAACUUAAAUCCUCUUUGUUUUGUAGCGACUGGGUGUACAGCGCCAUUCAGUAAAACGGCUACUGUUUAAUUUUCAUACAAGUUUCCCAUUCCUGUCCUAUACUUGAUUCAAUGCCUUCAAGUAAUUUUUGUUGCACUACCUAAAAAGAGGUAGACUGUGCAUGGUUGUUUGGAUAAAUUGUCUUUUAUUGUAUAAGCUAUUACAUUUUUACUGUCUGCAGCAACAGUCUUAAUUAUGAAGAAAUGUGCUGUAUGAUUUUAGGUAAUUAUCCACUAGCAACUGAACAUUGCACUGCAUGAAUGCAGGCAGUAGAUUAAUUGUAGAAACAUUUAAACACAUAAGCAUUGUCUUUCCAAGUCAAGGUUAUCCUGUCCCUACUGCUCUCAUCGUCAUGCAUUUUUCCUAAUUACACAACUUUCUGUUAGUCUUCCCUGUGCUUGAUUGUAGGGUUGGCUAUGCUCUGGCUCUGGAGCCCUGCAGCCGGAGUGGAGCUUGCCAGUUCUCUGAACUGGAGCUGGGGAUGCUGGAGGCAGAGCGGAGUGGAGUUGGAGCAGGGAAUGCUGGAGCCGGUGCAGAGCAGCUCCACAAUUUCCUGCUUUUUCACAUUUUAAAUAAUCCUUCCUAAAUUAUUUGGUUUAAACAUUUGAAUGUACAAAAUAAGUAUAUAAAACAACUAAAUGUAAAUUCAGACGUACUUUAAUGCACAUCAUAUUUCUAUUGCUAUAAGAUCUGAAUGGCAUCAAACAGGAUUAUCCCUUGUGGCUCUACAAACAGCAUUGCUGCACAGAGGGCAAUGAGUGCCAUGCAAUAAGAAGCUUGCUGGUCAUGCCGACUGGUUCACCUUGUCUUAGUGCUGGAGUGCUGCACUGACCUUGCAGUAGAGACUAGGGAACAAAUGUGACCCUCAGCAAAUAAUAAUCAAAUCCUGAUUUAAAAUGUAAAAACAGUUUUCAGACAACUCCCACGCAAGCCAGACAGCAUAGCUAGCAGCAUGCUAAAUAAGUGAAUAAAUGAAUGAAACCAAAACAAGAAUGUUUUUAAUUUUACUUAAUUUAGUAUGUAUUUGAA